GUGCUCUGCUUCUUUUGAUGCGAGAAACAUGGCGCCAACUGUCUCUCAUCCCUCUCUCUUUCUUCCUUCUCUCUGUUCCAUCAUUUUCUUUUGGCCCUCUUCUUGAUUUCUCAACUGAUAGAUAGACGACAUGAAUGAAUCAAGAAGAAAUAUAUUCGGUUUCUCAUUCUUCUUCAUCAUCAUCAUCAUAAUAAUCUUGAUCUUAAGGGUUUCUGCGGAUGGAGAAGAAAGCGAUGGUGCUGCAACGAAAGAAGAGAAUCCGUCACUAAUAAAGAUCAUAUGUGGGAUUUUUGGCAAGAAAUUUCCUCCGAGUUCUUGGGAAUUGGUUCAAGGUGCGAUGCAGAAGAUCCAGAUGAAGCUUUACCCUCCAAAUCUAGACUUCAGAAGCAACAGUGACAAAAGCAAGAGAGAGGAUGAAGAUAAAGGAGAGAAAGUGAAAGAAGCAGCAACUAGGACCCUGGAAGUAAGCAAAGAAGCCAUUGAAGAGUCUGCAAAAAUAGCAGGAGAUGUUGUAGGUGAAGUAGUUCAGAAAACAGCUGAGAAAGUUACAAAACAUACCUCACGUGAUGAGAUGUAAUCAA